AUGCUGGAGCAAGGUGGAGACAUUGAGUAUGGGAAUUUCCUAUACUUAUCCCUCAUUCCUCUUUAUGUAUUCUAUUCCUAUGAGGAUAUUAGUCAUGUGCUUGCUAAGGAUGAAGAGCAGAAGACACCAAUUGUACCAGAAGGAAAGAGGAAAGAAUACAGAAGAGGAUCAGAUGAAAGGUAUCUUACCCAGCCAGUAACUGAUAUGGAAAAGAAAUCACCUGAAUCUGUUAGAAAAAUACAACGGUAUGGUAGUCGCCACCAUAAAACCCAGCCAGUCACACCAGAGGAAAAGAAAGAAGCUACUCAGGUUAUCCAACCAGUUAUUAAAAUGAGCGACUCAUUAGCUGAAAGGCUUCAAGCUUUACAAAAGAGUGGGGAAGAAGAUUGGAAGAAACGCCUGUCAAAACCAAGCAACAGUGCAAGCCCAAGCCCCGACAGGGAAAUUCGGUUAUCCAGUCCAGACUCGACUCCUGUUCGUCCAGCCAAUCUGUCAGAAAGGAUGUCCUUAUUGAAAUCUUCACAAAGCUCUUGGAGAAGCAGAGUGGAAGAAAGUGAUGCCAAAGCAUUUACAGUGGAAGGAAAAUUAAGUAAAUCAGGUCAAAGUAUUCGCGAAAGGUCAGUGGUAACAAAACUGAAGCAAACAGUAAAAACUACAGAGACAGAUCAAUCUAACAGUGCCACUUCACCCUCCACCCCUACCAAAGGAGAUUGGAAAAUUCCCAUUCCAAAAGAAAUCAUAGUAUCAGAAACAACAUUUGAGGAAACAGUUGAGAACUCCAGCAACAUUGUCAAACUGCCUGAACUCAGUGAUGAUGGCUUCGACCAAUUUUUUGGCAGCUCAACAAAUCUCUUUGACAAAAAUGAACUCGAUAUAAGCGUAGAUGAUUUUGAUGAAAUAGUCCAGACGUCAAAAAAUAUAUUAAUCCACAGUGUGAAAUCUCGACCAAAGAAGAAGGUCCAGGCAAGAAGUAAGAAUCCACUCAAGUCGCGGUCAUCUAAUCUUGAACGGCAGGAAUAUGAAGAAUUCAAAACCAAUGUUGCUGAAAUGGAACUAAAGAGAAUCAAGAAAGAAGCUUUGAGUAAAGAUGCUGGUUUUGCAGAAGCCGCUUUGGCAGGUCUUGCCAGUAAGGAAAACUUUUCUAAAAUUGAACUCCGAAAGACAGAUCCUUCAGUUCCAUCUCCAGGAGGUCACCGGUAUUUACCUUAUAAACCAUUAAUGUUAUUACAUGUCAAAGGCCGACGACAUGUUCAGACCAGACUUGUUGAACCAUGUGCUCGAAAUGUGAACCAAGGUGACUGCUACGUUCUGAUCACUCCAGAUAAAGUAAUUAAUUGGAUUGGAGAAUAUAGUAACAUCAUUGAAAAAGCAAAGUCAGCUGAUGUUGCUGCUCAUAUCCAACAAAAGAAAGACAUGGGGUACAAAUCGUCAUCUGGCAUUAUUACAAUUGAUAGUAAGAAGAACUGCAGUUCAAUAUUUUGGUCUUUACUCGAAGGACAUGAAUCUGAAUGUCAAGAGUGUGGUGGAUUAGAAGAAGAUGAAAUUUAUGAAAAUGCCAUCAUCAAUACAAACAUGAUUUACCAGAUAGAAAAGAACAGGUUGAUACCCUUUGAGGAGUAUUGGGGUGGUCUUCCAAAAUAUGAAAUGCUCAAAAGUCAUCAGGUAUUUGUCUUUGAUUUUGGUGCUGAGGUCUAUGUGUGGCAAGGUAAAAAGGCUUUGCCCCAAAAGAGGAAAUUAGGCUUGGAAUUGGCACAACAGCUAUGGGAUAAAGGUUACAAUUAUGAAGUCUCCACUAUCAAUCCUUUGUCCCCACUCCAAGAAAUCACAGGGAAGCCACAUCAUCAUGGUGAGAAAGUGACUGAAGUCGAGAUUCCAGGUGGUAUUGAAGAUAGCCUGAAGUGUUCCUCUGGCCAGCGCCCUCCCUGGACUCUAAUUGCAAAAGUCAAUGAGAAUAUGGAGACUGUCCUAUUCCGAGAGAAAUUUGCUGAUUGGCCUGAUUCUGCUCGGUUAAUCAAAGUCAAGACUGUUGACUCCAACUCAAACAAAGUAAGUAUAUUAAAUUUUCUUCCACUCUUCAAUUUCCUUCCCUUUUUUUCUUUCACUUUUUCUUUUUUCCUUCUUUUUUCUUUUAUUUUUUCUCUUCUUUUUUCCUUUUUCUUUCAUUUUUUCCUUUCCUUUUUCUUUCAUUUUUUCCUUUCCUUUUUCUUUCAUUUUUUCCUUUCCUUUUUUUUCCUUUUCCUUUUUUUUUUCUUUCAAUUUUUCCUUUUUUUUUUUUCAAUUUUUCCUUUCUUUUUUUUUCAAUUUUUUCCUUUCUUUUUUUUUCAAUUUUUUUUCUUUUCUUUUUCAAUUUUUUUUCUUUCAAUUUUUUCCUUUCUUUUUUCUUUCAAUUUUUUUCUUUCUUUUUUCUUUCAAUUUUUUUCCUUUCUUUUUUCUUUCAAUUUUUUCCUUUCUUUUUUCUUUCAAUUUUUUUCCUUUCUUUUUUCUUUCAAUUUUUUCCUUUCUUUUUUCUUUCAAUUUUUUUCCUUUUUUUUCUUUCAAAUUUUUCCUUUCUUUUCCUUUCAAAUUUUUUUUCUUUUUCUUUUUUUUUUUUUUUCUUUCAAUUUUUUUUUUCAAUUUUUUUUUUUUUUCUUUCAAUUUUUUCCUUUCUUUUUUCUUUCAAUUUUUUCCUUUCUUUUUUCUUUCAAUUUUUUUCCUUUCUUUUUUCUUUCAAUUUUUUUCCUUUCUUUUUUCUUUCAAUUUUUUUCCUUUCUUUUCUUUUUUUCAUUUAUAUUUGAAGUAUUCAUAAAAUAUCUACUUCUUAAAUUUCAGACUGAGAAUGGAGACUUAAUUCCUUAUGAUGCUCAGAAGUUAAUAGAGAAAGAGCAGCCUGAAGCUCUUUUAUUGACCUUAGAUGGAAGCCAAGUUGGUCGAGGGACAUAUUGGAGUGAAGACAUGGGUGGCUUCAUCCAGGAAUUCGAAAUUCACACACUUGCUGUGACUGUGUGGCAUAUUUUAGAGUUUGACCAUUACAAACUUGACCCUCUAAGUAAUGGCCAGUUUCAUGAAGGGGAUACUUAUGUUGUCCGUUGGGAAUACAGAAUUGUUGCUACAGGAGCUAAACCUGGUGUGAGACGACCUACUGUAGGUCGAGAAAGAUGUGCUUACUUUUUCUGGCAAGGCAAGACAUCAACCAUCACAGAAAAAGGGGCAUCUGCAUUGAUGACAGUGGAAUUGGAUGAAGAACGAGGUCCCCAGGUUCGCGUACUUCAAGGCAAAGAACCGCCUUGUUUUAUGAAUCUCUUCCAAGGCCAAAUGGUUGUACACAUUGGAAAACGUGAGGAAGAAGAAACCAACACGCAAGGACUUUGGAGGUUCUACAGCAUCAGACAUGAGAAAAGAAACGAAAUGUGCCUUAUUGAAAUCCAAGCCCAAAUAUCUAGUCUUCGCAGUCGAUCAUCAUUCAUUUUGCUUAAUGUACAAACUGGGAAGGUGUUCAUAUGGCACGGAGCCAAGACCCCUCAAUAUACCAGGACCUUGGCACUUGAUGCUGUGAAUUCUAUCCAAGAAAGACAUCCACUUGAGAUAGGUUUGCCAGAGAAUAUUAAUGUAAACAUCACAGAAAUGAAUGAAGGCUGUGAAAAACCAGAAUUUUGGAUGGCCUUACGGAGCAGGGAUCGCAGCCAAUACAUGUCUCUCCUCAAUGGUAAGUUGAUAUUUUUACUCAUCUUUGGCAUGAAAUUUCAAAAUAUACUGGAGACAACAAUGGCCAUUAACUAA